AUGUCUCACACAUCCUACACUGCCAAAUUUCAAGUCAUUGCAUGGAGAAGACUCGCAGAAGAAAGCGAUCACUCUGCUAUCUACGACUCCCCAGCGCGACAGCCAUUCCCCCUGUGCUUCGAGGGCACUCGCAUACACCUCCUUGAGACGUUACAUGACACCAUCCAUCACCAUCCACGCAAACUUAUCUGGCUCACUGGCAACGCUGGUUCGGGCAAGUCCGCUGUUGCGUAUACCUUUGCACAGCAGCUUCAGAACUCUGGUGCUCGGGUUGCCACAUUCUUCUCCUCUAGACAGCAUCCUAUCAGCCGUGUUGCCAACCGCUUUUUGCCCACGAUAUCCUACCAACUAGGCCUCAUGCACCCUCGCGCCAAGGAAGCCAUCACCAAAGCAAUUGUCGACGAUCCAGCGCUGUUCAGUCCGGACAGGUCCCGUCGCGACCAGUUUGUUCACCUCAUCCUCGAACCACUCAAGUCCAUGAGACAUUGCUUCAACAAUGAUGCCACGCGAAUGGUUAUCAUCCUCGAUAUCUCUGACAGAGACGAAGCUUUGAACGAUGAACGUCACGUCUUCCUAUCGCUCGUCAACCUCUUUAUCGAAGCCAUACGUCAAGAGGGCUUCCUCAACUUCCUGAACAUCGUCAUGACUAGUCGCCCAUACGCCUUCAUGAACAGAGUUGCACGAAGAAGCCCUGUCAUUCUACCUCUCGAUAUGGCAGAUUUCGACGCCCAAGCCGACAUCGCGCUCCUGCUCAGAUCGUUUUUCGAAGAUAUCGCACACACUCAACACCCUAUCUUACCUCCCGUCGCUCCCUCUGAACUCGAGAUUCAAUCACUGUCUGUCAAGAUCGGCCCCCAGUUUGCCGUCGCAGCAGCUCUGGUGGACCUUUUCGAGGAACGACAGCUGUAUGAACUCAGGGCGCUUUUGGACACAUUCUCGAAGACACAGGAAAUCCCAGUUGACAAUAUCCGUGUUGUGGCCAAAGGCAACCGGCCAUCAGGGGGCACGCCCGCUGCGCGGGCUUUGCCCACCCCCACAAUCCGUGAAGUUCUGAUCUCGCUCGCAUCAUAA